UUCAUUCUCAACUCAUCGCCGUCUGAGUUCGUCACUUCCCUUCGUGUGACUUUUCGUGAUUGUCCAAGGGAUACCCGCAGAUAUUAUUCGAGCUUGCCCCUCAUGCGUCUAGAUAUUGCCUAUCUCACCACCAUUGCGCUAGUGUCCUUUGCAUAUGCGGCACCUGUUGUUCGCAGAAAAGUUCACGGGCCAUUCCCGGUGAACAACGUGACCGUUGUCUACGACCCCAGCGAUGUGAUGCCAAUAAUCGGCGAAUCGGACCGAGAAGCUUGUAUGAAAGAAGCCAUCCAGAAGUACAUGAAGGAGGUGAUGGCCUCAACGUUUCAACAAGCCCCGGAUGACUCCUUUCAUUUUAAAGAAACGGCAAGUGAAGAUAAGAAGAUGAAGGGCACGGCAGUGUUUUCAGUUGAGGUGGUGGAGGAGGAGGGGAAGAAUGGGAAGCCGCCGAAGAACAAGACAUAUGAAGGAGGUGAACUGGGUUAUAAUGCGUACCCUGUGAUGGUUUUCAAACGCCCUCAUUAAUCGUUAUGAUGAUAUCAAUUCAUUCGGUUCAGCUCCUUAUUACGGCUUGUCGUCAUGGAUGUAUUACUAUAUUGAAAACCAAAGGAAAAAAUCUACCAGAAUCUACCUGUGUC